AUGGCCGAUAGCUUGCCCUAUCCAGCCCAGCUGUCAUCUGCUGAUAUCACCGCAGCGUCUGAUUCUUCUAGACACGCUGCCAGCUUUGGGGCUGGAACUGCAACAGCCAGCGAUGACACUCCCUUCCCCGUCCCGAAUCUCUUUAUGGAGGCUGAUCUAUCAACCGCCGAACGAAAUCCCUUUACUGAACUCGAGAUUCGCAAGGAGAUAGCCACGCCUCAAGAAACUGCAACUGGUACGGAUGCCUCAACAGUGCGGGGGAUAGAUGACCUGCAAAUUCCACCAAACGAGAGCCUGCCACUCAAGGUGGGUUCCCCCAAAGAGCCGAGGCAUGCCAGAUACCGUGAGAGGAAUAGACAAGCUGCACGCCGAUCUCGGGAGAACCAGCAACAACUAGCCAAGAGGCUUGAAUCGAGGGCGGCCUCCCUGGAGAUAAAGAGGAAUGACUUGCUAGAGAAGGUGGAUGACCUCAGCCGCAAUAUUCAGGAGCUGAGUCGAGAAGUCGCGGCUUUACAUGAUUCUGUCCGUCCUGUAUGGACCUUCCCACAGCAGCAGCCCACGGCAUCAUUAUGUGUAUGCAACUUCUGUGGGACUCCCGCGGUGCCUUACUCUUAG